AUGAUCUGACUUUUACAGUACACUGCAAAACAUUCUCACAGAAUUUUAUCCAGGCCUCUUGAGUCACUUCUCUUUCAGAUUCUGAAUUUUCUUGUUUAAAUUUCUUAAUGCCUGGCAACACUGCCCAUUUUACAGAACAUCUAUUGCAGUUUGACAGGAGUCACACUGGACAGCACUUCGUUAUUACACAAAGCUGAGCUUGUGCCAACAAACAUUGUAGAAACAUUCUAGAAGGCUAUGAGUUGUUUUUCUGUUUGUGUCUGGUACGCUAAACGGCGAAGCAAAUCACUUUACCAACUUACAGACAACAUCAAUCAUCUUGUGAGAAGGACACACUCUGGACACUUUUGUCACUCUGUGGCAAUAUCUGUGUUCAUGUCUCCAAACAUUGUAGAAGCCUCUGAGUGAGCUGGCUGGUGUCUAACAAGCUAGAUGGGCAAGAAAAUUAUUUUUUCAGCUUACUCACAGGAUACAUCAUUCACUGUCUGAGAAGCUGCAGAAAGAGACUUGGGACAAAUCAAACAACCUGUUUGACAAUUAUGCUUUUCAUGGUGAAGUUGACGAUGAUCUAAACACGUUUUCCAUGGGAAACAAAUCAAUCAACACAACACUGGCUAUUGUCUAUAUAUUGUCCUCACUCCCUGAUUUUCUUUCUUUCAGAAGAUGGACAGCCAGAAAUUUGAACUUGGCGAUCUUGACUUUGAUAAUAUAUUUGAAGAUUAUACAAAUGCUUAUGACUACAUUAUUGAUCCAGACGUGUCGCCUUGUCACCCUGAAGUGAAUGAGUCAAUCAACAUGGCUCUGGCUGUUAUCUAUAGCCUGGUGUGCUUCCUCGCUGUGACAGGGAACAUUAUUGUAAUGAUUGUCCUACUUCAUAAUCGUCAUACCAUAUCAUCCACAGACACCUACCUGCUACAUCUGGCAGUGGCUGAUUUGCUCUUUGCUGUGACCUUGCCUUUUUGGGCAGUGGAUGCCGUAUCUGGCUGGAUGUUUGGUGAUGCCAUGUGUAAAAUUAUCAGCAUGUUACAGGAGAUUAACUUCUACAGUGGGAUUUUAUUGCUGGCUUGUAUCAGUAUUGAUCGUUUUCUGUCCAUUGUCUACGCUACACAGGCCCACAAGCAGAAGAGACCAUUUAUAUCUCAGCUGGUUUGUGCUGCUGUUUGGUUGAUGGCUAUUGUCUUAUCUUUACCAAUUUUGUACAAAGGUGAAUUUACUCCACCUGGUUCCAAAAGACAGAUGUGUUAUGAGAUGCUUGAUGGGGAAUCAGCAGCAAUUUGGAGAGUGACGACCAGAUUUUUGCGGCAUUUUAUUGGAUUUCUCAUCCCAUUGGCUGUCAUGGUCUUCUGUUACAGUGUGACAAUCCAGAAACUGUUUCAAACGAAGGGAUUCCAGAAACAUAAAGCCAUGAAAAUCAUCAUCGUGGUGGUAUUGGUUUUUCUCAUUUGUUGGUUCCCACACAAUAUUGCUGUGUCCUUCGACACACUGAUGAGGAGCCAACUCAUUGCUGAGACUUGUGAGAAGCGUAAUCGUAUUGAUCAAACUUUAAUUGGAACUCGAAGUUUGGGAUUCCUGCACAGUUGCAUUAACCCAUUUGUAUAUGGGUUUAUCGGGGUGAAAUUCAGGAGGAAUCUGUUCAAGCUCUUGGCUUCAAAAGGCAUCAUGAAGCGAAGUUAUGAUUCACAAUAUACGAGAUCUUCAUCCUCUUCCUCAUCUGGCGUGUAAAGUCUUUGUGACAUUGGUUGAUGUCUAUCAGCAAAAUGGCAAAUAAAAAAAAUAAAUGAUAAAGAACGAGUGACUUAGUAACUAAUUGACGAACAAUACAAUUCUGAACUUUGUUUUUAAGCUUUACUUACAAAAGUGAUCAAAGCGACAGCUUUGAAGAUGAUUAGUCCACCACUUUGCCUGUAGAGGGCCCACUCCUUGGUAUCUGCUGCAUUAUUUCUCUCUCUGCACAAAUGCAUAAGCGGUUUGUACAGAACUCCAGCUGAGUUAACAAGCAGUUAUUGGAUGAUAUGUCACUUAAGAAAUAAAGAUUGAAUUCCUUCAGUGUGA